GUGGCGGGGGAGGGGCCAGAGGUCUGAGCCAGAGCUGGGAGCCCGGCGACAUGGAGUGCUGGCCGGUCCUGCUGCUCUGGGGUCUCCCCCAGAUUUGGGCAAGUUCUGAGGCCCUGCGCCCUCCCGGCCGCUCGCCGCGCCUCUCCGGGCCCCGCUCUACGUCCGCGCCCCCGGGCAGCGUCGGCUUCCGCGGCCUCCAGGUCUCCUCCUUCGCCAACAGCAGCUGGACGCGCACCGACGGCUCCGGCUGGCUGGGGCCGCUGCAGACCCACUCCUGGAGCAACGGCUCGGACAUCCGCUGCCUGAGGCCCUGGUCCAGGGGCACCUUCAGCGACCGCCAGUGGGCGCAGCAGCAGCAGCUGUUCAGGGUGUACCGCAGCAGCUUCACCAGGGACAUCUGGGCCUUCGCCAAGACGCUGCACCUGGACUACCCCUUUGAGGUCCAGAUGUCCGCAGGAUGUGAGGUGCGUCCUGGAGGCCCCCCAGAAGUCUUCCUCAGCUCAGCAUUUCAAGGAAGCGAUAUCCUGAGUUUCCAGGGACAUUUCUGGGUGCUAGCCCCAGACGCCCCGUCUUGGGCCGAGACGGUCAGCAACACACUCAACAAGGACCACGAGACCAGGGACACCAUCCACUGGCUCCUCAAUGACGUCUGCCCCCAGUUUCUCACCGGCCUCCUGGAGCUGGGGCAGCAGGAGCUGGAGAAGCAAGAGAAGCCCGAGGCCUGGCUGUCCAGUGGCCCCCCUCCUGGACCCGGCCGGCUGCUGCUGGUGUGUCACGUCUCAGGAUUCCACCCCGAGCCCGUGUGGGUGCGGUGGAUGCAGGGGCAGCAGGAGCUGCCGGGCGCCCAGCAAGGGGACGUCCUGCCCAAUGCUGACGGGACGUGGUAUCUCCGGGUGACCCUGGACGUGGCGGCCGGGGAGGCAGCUGGCCUGGCCUGCCGGGUGAGGCACAGCAGCCUCGGAGGCCAGGACAUCGUCCUCUCCUGGGCAGAGGGAAGUCACGUUCCGGUGGGCUUGAUCGUCACAGUGGUCCUGGCAUCCCUCCUUCUGAUAGGCGGGGGCAUAGCCUUCUGGCAUAAGAAGCGCUGCUCUUAUCAAGACAUCUUGUGACUGUCCUCGCCACACCUGCCUGGGACUCCGGAUCUCAAGUUCAAAGGAUGUCAAGUCCAGCUGCUUGUUGUCCAAUGAAAGCCAGACCCUGGAUUGGCUGUGACCUACGUUUUUCAAGAAAAGCGGAAGUCUGGAUUUUCAUGUGAACGUACCUCAUGUUAAAAUAUUGACUCAAACUUUUAACCAAUUCGGGGCGUGGAACCCCAAACACACCUCUGCUAGUGAACACAAUUCGGGGGCUUUCAGUUUGCAUCUUUUCGGAAAGCUCGUGGUGAGUGUCACAUGGGCAGUUUGA